GUUAUUCAAAACUGGUCACACCGUCAUUUUCUGCACGUGUUGAGUUUAGAAAACAAAUGCUCCAAAACAUUUGUGUUUUUAUAUUAAAUUUAUAUAAAUAAAUGCCAAUGAAGUGAUCUGUAAACAUACAAAAUUAUUUAAAAAAUGGCAUCCCUUGCGGAAAAGACGAAAAAUACAAACACAUUUAGGUUUAAAUCCUUUGGAGAUCGGGUAAAUGAGAUUGACUUGCGGCACUUGGCCCUUUACCACAUUGGCCACCGCAACGAGGAACUCGAUGAGGAGGAGAACGAGACCUAUUUUCAGCAGACCAUCCAGAAAUGGAACGUGCUCAAUCUCACCGAGGAAUACAACUCGUUCAGCAAACGAUGCCGCAGAAUUGUGACCCUGCCUCAGCUCCUGCAUCAGAAGGACUUUGUGGUAGACCUGCUGCUGGAGCGACUGGCCACUGCGACAAACCUCUCCCAGCAGCCGCUGCUGGAACUGCUCUAUGUAUUGGCCAGGGAUCUACGUGAGGAGUUCUAUCCGUAUUUCCAACGUGUUCUAGACCGCCUGAUUUGCCUGCUCAACACCCAGGAUGCGGAGCAACUCGAGUGGACACUCAUCUGCCUGGCACAUCUGUUUAAAACUCUAAAACCGUAUCUGAAACGGAAUAUUGGCGUAGUGUUUAAUGCCAUCCUGCCCCUCCUGGAUGAGCAGCACUAUGCGGAACAUGUGACCAAUUUCGCGGUGGAAUGCUUUGCUUACAUAGCCCGCGAUGUCCGGGAUUUCCCUCGUUUCUUAGCCUAUGUGCUGAAAACCCUGUUGCGAGAGGAGGUCGAGAGUGUCCGCGGUUGCGGUAGGCUCAUCUAUGAAAUCCUGCGAGGUGUCAACGGACAGCUGCACAAUUCGGCCGCAGAGAUCUUUACCCAUGUCCUAGAAGUGCUUGUAAAUAAAGAAAAUGUUUACACCAAGGAACAGACAGAGCUUCUGGGCGAUAUUGUGGAGCAUUCCCUGAAUUUACUGCUGAACUUUUUGCGUUCCGACCAAAGCCCCGUUUUGUGGCAGAAACUUUGCUCCGCUGCAGAAGGCGAAAAAGUGGAUGUGUCGCAGUUGAUUCGACUGAUGCAUCAACUGGUUACCCACAAGGGCGGUCGCUACAUUUCUGAACUUCCUGUCGUUGUCGGCACCAUUUUGAAACUGCUGGACGGGAACGUGGAACCUCUUAAUCCCUUGACCACCUUGGUCACCAGCCUACUUACUGCCCAACAUGCACAACUCACCCAACUGGACGCCAGUCGCCUGCUCCAAAAACUACUAAGCAUUAGUCGUGGGAAUCUCGUGGUGUACGAGGAGACUAUCCAUCAGCUCCUUGACUAUCAGCAGUUUGAGAUCCUUGUUCUGCCACAUGUUAUUGGAUUUUAUGAGGAGAAAGGUCAACCGGAGGCACUCGAGCUCUUGGCUCGCAUUGUGGUGCACAAAAGACCUUUGCAGGUGGAUGGCAACUCCUUGGCCCAGUGGACAGCGUAUCCCAUUCAAAUAAAGAAAAAAGACACUUUGAAGAGCUUAGAGGAUAAGCUUGUGAAGUUGAAUGUGGAAAAAGAAGAGGAUUUGUUGCUCAUAUUGUUGGCUCCUCACUUUAGAGGUUUUAGCAAACAGCCCUUAGAGAAGAUCUUGCAAAGUUCUAUCGAAGAUCACUUGAAACAGGGACAUCAAGACUUUAAAUUGUUGCUAUUGCUGCUGCAGACGCAUUCUCUGCUUAAGUUUAAGCUACCCAAGGCCCUAAGAUCGGAGAUAAGUGUUUUCCUUCAACCAGAACUGGGAAAGGAGCUCCUAGCCCUGGCCUCCCUUCAUCUGAUUCUUUUGGAAACGCCCAAGAACGAACUGUCCGCCACCGAGGAGCUGCUCUCCAGUGUUUCCACACUUCUGAGUCAUCCGCAAGCUCAGUUUCGUCGCAUUGCAGCCCAUUGCCUGGAUGUCCUCAACGCCACAAACAAACCAAAUCCGUAUUCCCACUUCUACGCCGCCAACUGUAUUGAACCUACGGUCCACAAUUAUCGGGAGAUACUUCUGCAGCUGCAACAACUGGAGCCAGUGGCAGCCCAGUUCAAGCAGUUCGAAUUGCUUCCGCAUUUCAAGGAGCACGCAGUAAGCCUCCUGCUGGGACUUCUCUACAACAAUUUCAAGUUUGUUUGGGCGCCGGUCCAGCAGCUUCUGGCUGCCUAUGUGAAGACCAUGAAAACCGACGAAUUCUGGAGCCUGUUCAAAGCCAAACUGGUGGAGACCGUUGCCUGCAUAGAUUACACAAAUGAUGUGUCCAUCCUCCAGAGGCAUUCUUCUAAAGCUUACCUGUCUCCAGCUUUGACCAUUGUCCUGGAUUCAGAACAGCACCAGCAACUAAGUCUGCAACAGGCGCUCAACUACCGACAACUGCUGUGGCAAUGUCUGCCCAAGUUGGGAAAUCUAGUGGAGGUUAAGAAUGCGGAUCUGGUGCGUCUAUUCCUGCAGUUCGUGGAACAGGAGUAUCGAGCACAGUUGGAGAAAACGGAACACACCUGGAACGUUAACGAGACAACAGUUGAUCUGGAGGUUGAGGAUGAUGAGGAGGACGAGACCAAGUCGGAAUCCCGCCCACGCCAAAAACGCAGAACCCAGAAUGCCAAUGCCAAGUUCAUACUACAAACGCUUCAACUGAAACUGGCCUGCUUUGUGGCCCAACCCAAUCCCAAGGCCCUGCAUCGUCAGGCAGAGAUGCAUGAUUUCUAUCUGGAGCUGUUAGCCGGACCUAAUGCCCAACUGCAGCAAUUGGCGCUGGAUUGCCUGGCGGCCUACAAACGCCCACCGGCACUGGUGCAGCAAAAGGGUCAGCUGUCGGGCUUGAUCGAUGAGGCAAAGUUUAAGACCACCCUCACUGGUUUCGAACUAUCCAGUAUUCCGGCGCAACAGCGCACGGAACUGAUGCCAUUUAUGCUGCGCGUUCUCUACGGCAAAAUGCUGACCAGGGGAGUGCAGAAGCAACUGAGUGCUCAGCUGAGAAAGACACUGAUCCUGAGGUUCCUGGGCCAACUGGAGGAGUCGGAGAUUAUGGACUUUUUGCAAAUGGCCUUUGGAAAGUUUUCUUCCUACACAGAUAAACCAGUGGACGCGGUGGCUACUUAUGUUCGGGAACAAUACGAUCCUUCAGCGGUGAUUGCAGCCAGACAGCUCCAAAGGAUCGUAAAUGUCUUAGAACUCAUAAGAAAAGAAUUUGCCGGCAGACUGUCGACCGAUUUCCAAAGCUACGUCCUUAAACUGCUACUCUUUGUGGGAAGUGUUGCCCAGGAGGUGAUCAACGGAGACGGAAAGUUGGUGGCUGCCUACAAGAAUGUGAAGCAUUCGGGCCUGCAGACGCUGGUGAACUAUUUCGGACAGCUGGUGGACAUGGAGGACCUGUGGCAGGAGAAGGAAAUGAGUGCCGUUUGCGAGGUUUUCAUUUGGCCUGGACUGGCUCGACUCUCUCAGGAUUCUAUACACACACCCACGCCGAUGUUGAAGCUGUUGCUCCUCUGGGGUGGCGAGCCGCGUUAUCAGAAGUGGCUCAACCAGAGGCCUUCGGACGAGGACCAAGCAAUAAUGCACCAUUUGAUGGCCCUAUUGUUGAAUGAGAAGGCCAAACCCGUUGUGAAACGAGCCAUUUUGCAGCUGGUGGAACAUCUACUGGAAUCGGCAGCUACUGAAGAGUUUGGUUCCAUGGCCCUGUCCAUCGUGCAUCCCCAUAUUCCGUCUAUCCUCCAGCAGCUGCAGACCAGCUGGCGCCACAAGAAGGCUGGAAGACAGACACUCGACAAGCGGGAGCUCAACAUCCUGACACUGAUCACCUCUCACGUGGAAGAGCCUGCCACGUGUGAGCUACUCCUUGACGUAGUUCUGCCCAUCUUCACCAAGCAGGCAGCUUCAUCUGGUCCUGAAACCGUGGUGCAGCUAGUUACAACGUUGUCGAAUCUUCUAAAGCGUGUGGCCAAGCCACAGGAUUAUGUACGUCCGCUGGCUCCGCUCUUCGAGCAGGUUCAUGUACUCCCAGCCAGAAAACUGCUGUGCGAUCUCCUGGCGGAUAUGGCCAAAAGAUUACACAAGGAGGCCAAGCACAACUCGGAGCUCUCAGCUACAGCUGCAUCCCUGCGCGAGUGGGUUAGACUGGUGCUGCUCCUGAAUGCCUGGGACAAGAGGUGGCUGGAACAACCGGACUACGACAAACGCCUCGAGGCCCUCUCAGAGCUGAAGCAGUUGGUGGAGAAGAAGGAUACAAAGCUGGACCUCCAAUUAGGAGUUUUGGUCGUUUACAACUGUUUCUACAUGCUGCGCCACGAUUCGGAUCUGGGAAUGAGGGUAAAUAUAGGGGAGCUACUGAAGCCCCUGUUACCCUUAGUAACCCUGCAACUGGAGGACAAGGAAGACAUUAAAUUCUGGCUGGAGGACACUAUCUUACCAUUAUUACAGCGUAGCAUGCGAGAUGAAAAGCAUGAACAUGCCAGGAGUGAGGCAAUUGGCCUGUUGGGAGAACUGGCUCGCCAGUGUCCAGCAGCCCACGAAAUUCUAAAGGAUCUAUCUCCCCUGACGGAUAAACACGACUUGGAGGUGGACUUCUUUGAGAAUAUGUUGCACCUGCAGACCCAGAGACACGGCCGCGCAUUGCAGCGUUUGGUGAACAUCUCGGCGGGAAGUUGGCGGCAGUCUCCGCCAUGUGCUCGUACCCUCACCCAGUAUCUCAUGCCCCUGGCCACCAGAUACCUCCUCAGCGAGAAGCAUUCUGGCAAGCACACACUAGUCGAUGCUGCUAUCGAGGCUGUUGGGGUGAUGAGCGAAUUCCUGCCAUGGACGCAGUAUCAUGCUGUCCUGCGCUACUAUCUCCAGAAACUGAGGCACGCCCAAGGACAGCAGAAGCAAUGUGUGCGUCUGGUGGUUCGCAUUUUGGAUGCGUUCCAUUUCGAUCUAACACAGGCCCAGACGGACUUGACGGCUCUGGCCAAGCUCAAGCAAAAACUCACCGAGGAAGUGGAAGAAAAGGAGAAGGCUGAGGACUCCGAAGAAGCCAAGACUGUGAAAGAUGAAGAUGCUGAGGAUGCAGAGGAGAAACCUAUUAAAAGUGAGGCAGAUCAGUCUGACUUUAUUGAUUUCGAGGAAGAGGAGGUGGCCAUUGAAUCCGUUUCCCAGCCCCAACGGACUCAGCUACUGGCCCCCAAUGCGGCCAAAAAAGUCAUGGCCACGAUUACCACCGUCCUGCUGCCCACUUUGAACCGGGCCAUAACCGAGAAGACCAACUACGAUACCAAGCACAAGGUGAACCGCCGGCGACUGAGCUACGAACGCGAGGAGGAGGAGAUCCAACGGGUGCCCAUUGCCCUGGCCAUGGUGAAGCUGUUGCAGAAGCUUCCAUCCGAAUUAUUGGACAACAGCCUGCCUGGCAUCUUCAUGAAGGUGUGCACCUUCCUGCGGUCCCCCCUGAAAUCCGUUAGAAUGUUAACCCGCGACAUCCUCAAGAAGAUCAUGCUCACUCUGGGCGGCAGCUACUUGGGUCUGCUCCUGGAGCAGCUACAGUCCCUGCUCACCCGUGGAUUUCAGGUGCAUGUUCUCUCAGUGACACUCCACGGUGUUCUAGAUGCCUUGAAAGCUGAACUAAAGCCAGACCACAUUGAGAGCUGCCUGCAGAAUCUCCUCGAGGUGGCCCUGAACGACAUAUUCGGAGAUGUGAACGCCGAGAAGGAAGUGGAGAAGAUCGUGGCGCACACCCCAGAGGCCAAGCCAAGUGCCAAGAGCUAUCUCACCCUGAAUAUAGCGGCACGCCACAUCCGGGACAACUGCUUACUGGAUCUUCUGCUGCCAUUUAAGGAGCAUCUGGCCAGAUCGCACUCCCGCAAAGUGACGCAAAAGAUUCAGGAGUGCUUCGCCAAGAUUGUGGGCGGACUAGUGGAGAAUACCCAUAUCGCCAGGGAAAGUCUGCUAAUCUUCAUUUACGGAACCAUGUCGGAGAGUAUAAGCGACCUGUUGCCGGGCACGAAAAAGAGGCAGCUGACGGAAAAGGAGCAAGCGCUAAUGAAACGAGUGCGUCCCGAUUGCCUUAUCCUGCAGCCGGCUCCUGGACGCCGUAGUGUGGCCACUGGCAAUAAGCAAGUCAAGUCCAAUGCCCAGGCCAACGCCCACAUACUCGUCGAGUUUGGCUUGGAGCUUCUGCAUUUCGUUUUGAAGCGAAAGAAACUCACGGACUUGGACUACCAGCCCUUCUUGCAUCCCCUGCUGCCACUGCUAAGGGAUUCCCUGAAGAGCAACCAUGCUAGGACAACCACGUACGCCCUGAAAUGCUAUUCGGCCAUUUGGCUGGGUGACUACGAGCUUUCUGAACUGAAGGAUGAGGCACUGAAGCCUGUCGUUGAGCGCAUGUUCGAGAUUCUCAAGAAUUUCUCCACGUUUGGAGCUACCCGCCAGGAGGAAAACGCUCAGCUGGUCCGAGCAAGCUUCAAGUCGGUGGUGGCGCUCCUACGGAAGUGCCAGGAUUACAAGCUCACUGAAGAACAGAUCGAGCAACUGCUGCUCCACAUCGAACAGGAGCUGCAGGAGGGCGAGUGCAGUAGUCAGUCCAUGGUGUUCAUUCUUCUGAAGGCACUUGUGAACCGAAAAGUGGACACUCGCUCGCUCCACGAUCUGUUGAGGCGCCUCGGGGAACUCUCCAUCAUUUCGCCGUCUGACUACGUGAGAGACGAGUCCCGUAGCAUUGUACUGACCUACAUCAUGGAGUACACAUUGGGAGCGAAGGUGGAGCAGAUGGUCAAGUUCAUGUCCGUCCAGUUGUGUUACAGCCAAACCGCGGGUCGGCAAUCGGCCAUUCAAUUCAUGCACUCCAUCAUCAACAAGUUCCCGCAAAAGAUUCUUGUCAAGCAAUCGGAGUUCCUGUACCUUUCCCUGGGCACCCGCCUGGUCAACGAUGAGGAUCCCUCAUGCCGUCGGAGUGUGGCGGCUGCGCUGGAGGCCUUAAUUGGUCGCUUGACUAAAGUGGAGCGACAGCCUUUAUUGGAUCUAACCCUGCUGUUCUUCACUUCACCCAAGUCAAGUCAGAACCCAGGAGUCCGGGAGAUGGCUGCUGCUCUGCUGUCAAGAUUUGUGCAGGCUGAACGUGGUGGUUUUGCGGAAAGACUCGAAUUGGUGCUGCCCACUCUGGUGAAUGUCCUCACUCUGGGUGACGCCGAUUCGGGUGGCAAGUUCGUCCGGGCUCCAGGACACCUGGCCGCUGAGGCAGUUGGCAAUGGUCUUCCCAAAAAGAAGAGGAGAAAGGAUGAGAAAGUCUUGCCUGAUGAAGACCUCCUGCUGGCUGGCCAAGAAACAGAAUCCCGCUUGGAUGAACAGCAACGCAAAUUGGACCAUCAGCUCAUCCAGCUCCAGUACUGUCUGCUGAAAAUCUUGGAGCACUGCGGUGAAUCCUUGGUGAGCAAUCCUGAGCUCUCCGAGACUGUCGAUGAAUUGGCUUAUGGAUGUCAGCGUCUUCUGGGUCACGGACACAACUGGGUUCGCUGCAAUGCAGCCAAGCUACUUAGCAGCAUCCUGGCCCACUACGACUACGCAUAUGUGGGCCAACAACUGGCUGGGAUUAAGAACGAGGAGAGUGCCAAGCAAACACUGGAGUUUAUUUACUCCCAACCUGCUCAGGACAUCAAAUCCCUGGUCUUGGAUCUGUGCGCACAAGUAACGCCUGGAGAGACGGCCCAGGAGAUGAUCGAUGAGCUGACAAAGAUUCUUUUAUUCGUUGGACAAAUGUUGAGAGAUGUGCCUUUUAAUUUGAAGCAGGAGAAGGAUGCGGAUGACGAAGAAGAACAGAGUCUUACCAACAAAAUACAUCUUAACUGGCUAGUGAGAAAUAUUCGUUUCCUGGUCAACAAGGAAGUGGCCAAGGCGCCACAUGACACAAGCAUACGCACUGCAAUGUUUACGUUGAUUGAAGCUCUCUCCACUCUUCUCAGUGUGGAGGCUGUAACCCAAUUAGCUCCCUCUCUGCUCCACGCUUUAGUCCGUGAAAUGUCCGAGGAGGAUCAGAACGUAGAUGCGGAGCUUAGACAGCAGGCUCUUCGAGUGGGCAGCCGGUUAAGGAAGCGCAUUGGAACCGACGUCUACGACAAGCUGCGCAAUGCAGUGCAGACCAAACUGAUGGCUCGUCGGGCCGAGAGGAGAAAGAUCGUGGCCCAGGAGAAGAUUCAUGAUCCGGAACGGGCGGCCAAACGGAAGGCGGGUAUUCAGGAGCGAAAGAAGGCAGCCAAGCGGCUGAAAACAGCGGUCGUCCGUGGCAAGGCUCCCGACAUCAAGCAGAAGCUUAAAAAACGAAAGAGGAAGGCGGAGAUGGAUGGAUUUUAGUUAGUGAUUAUUUUAUAAUUCUAGUUUUUUAUGUAGAUCGAAAUAAACUUGAGAAAUAAACCUUGUUAAAGCCA